GGUCACACUGCUCUCGCGAUUCAAUAAAAGUUUUUUUUUAUACCAAUUUCGGCGCUGAAGUGACUCCAGGACGCCAGAAUAAUGGAGGCACUGGUCAACUAUAGCAGCGAAGAUGACCAAGAAGAAGCUAGCUAUCAAAUACGGUUGAAAAAUUCCCCUAGGCACCACCACCACAGCCAACGAAAUCGGCGGCUUUGGCAGUCAGCGCUGCAGCCGUUGCCUCUGCAAAAGCCGCUGCAGCCGCCGUAAAGCAUCAGCAUCAGCAUCAUAAGGCCAAAAAGAACAACAACGAAGGCGGCAGCGGCAACGGCAGCAACAGCAGCAGCCAGAAACAGCAGCAACGCCAACGUCA